AUCUCCUGAAUAGAUUAUGGCCUGCCUUUGCUUCUUGCAGCACACUACCAGGCUACCAUGGCGUACGGCGGCGUACCUAUUAAAGGUGGCUUCCAUUGUUGCACAAGUACAACCACUGUUUGCAGGAUCAACGACAGUGAUCUGCAGCUGAUCGGCUAGAAUGUUCUUCUCCGGGUUCUCGUACCAGCACCAGCAGCAGCCAGGCAGCAGCCCCGGCCAUGCUGCCGCUCCGUACGGCGGCGACGACCACAACCUCACGGUGCUCCUCACCUUCGGCAUCUUCUUCUCCUUCAUCCUCCUCUACCUCGUCGCCGGCGUCAUCUGGGCCUCCGUCGCCACCGCCUGCGCCGUCGCGCUCGCCUUCUGCUACCUCAAGGCCCGGCGGCGCGCCGCGCUUAGGCGUGGAGCGGCCCUGCGCGCGGCAGCUACCCAGAGCCGCGGAGAUGUCGCCGCGGUCGUCGCCGUGUCGGCGAUCCCGGCGUUUGCGUACAAGCGGGAGGGCGCCGCCGGCGGCGGGGACGCGACGGGGUGGGCACAGUGCGUGAUAUGCCUGGGGCUGGUGCAGGUCGGCGAGGUGGUGCGGCGGCUGCCGGCGUGCAAGCAUCUGUUCCACGUGGAGUGCAUCGACAUGUGGCUGCGCUCGCACUCGACUUGCCCCAUCUGCCGCGCCGCCGUCGUGCCCACCGACGGCCAGCCGGAGCCGGAGCCGGAGCCGCCGGUUUGAUCGGUUGAUUGUCCACCGGGCUCUGGCCUCUGGGUGAUCGGUAGCUAGCUAGUUCUGCACUUGUUUAGGUUGUAAAAUUAUAUAGCUCGUGAUCACAGCGUUUUGGGAUGAAGCUUUAGAUUGCAUUACAUGUCAUGUCUAUCUGAUUUUUGUCCCGUAAAUUUGCUGGUUUUUUUGUUUUUUUAUCUAUGUGUGAAUGCAUAUAUAGUCUCGUUCGUUCAGAAAAAGUGAAUGCAUCGUCUUCUGUUGUUUUGCGAUAAAAUGUGAGUUUUGCUCUUAUAUGCUACUA